AUGGGAGACUGGAACUUCCUUGGAGGGAUUCUGGAGGAGGUCCAUAUCCACUCCACUAUGGUUGGAAAGAUAUGGCUGACUAUCCUGUUUAUAUUUCGGAUGCUGGUUCUGGGCGUCGCUGCUGAAGAUGUCUGGAAUGACGAACAAUCCGACUUUAUCUGCAACACGGAUCAACCUGGAUGUCGAAAUGUCUGCUACGACCAAGCCUUCCCCAUCUCCCUCAUUCGCUACUGGGUCCUUCAAGUGAUUUUUGUGUCUUCUCCAUCAUUGGUUUACAUGGGGCACGCUAUAUACCAGCUUCGUGCACUGGAAAAAGAGCGUCACUGCAAGAAAGUAGCUCUAAAACGUGAGUUAGAAGCUGUGGAUGGGGAAAUGGUAGAGGUCAGAAAGCGGAUUGAGAAAGAAAUGAGACAACUAGAGCAGAGUAAACUCAACAAAGCUCCAUUACGGGGGUCUCUACUUUGUACAUAUGUUGCGCAUAUUGUAACCAGGUCUAUUGUAGAGGUAAGCUUCAUGACUGGACAAUACCUUCUCUAUGGGCAUCGUCUAAGUCCACUUUACAAGUGUGAAAGAGAGCCCUGUCCUAAUGUAGUGGACUGCUUUGUCUCAAGACCAACAGAGAAGACAGUUUUUAUGAUGUUUAUGCAGGUGAUAGCAUGUAUUUCAUUGUUUUUGAGCCUCCUUGAGAUUAUGCAUUUGGGUUACAAGCGGGUAAAGAAGAUAAUUUUGGACUUCUAUCCACAUUUAAAAGAUGAUUUGGAUGAUUACUAUGACAGCAGAUCCAAAAAAAACUCAGUGGUGCAUCAAGUUUGCACUGGGACAUCGGUGGCACGCAAGACCACCAUGCCGUCAGCUCCAAGUGGGUAUACAUUGUUACUAGAAAAGCAAGGCAAUGGACCAAACUACCCUCUUCUGAGUGGUUCUUCUGCUUUUGUGCCAAUUCAAGGUGAUACUGGUGUGAAACUUGACAUCCACAAGGAAGGCAAAGAAGCUGUCCUGAGUCCAACUGAACAAAAUAGUAACUCAAACAACACAAGCAGUGAGACUAGAUCCCCUUCUGGUGACAAACUGGACGAUCCCGAAGAAGGUUCAUCAUCUCAACAUGAGAAUAUGGACCUUCCCAGAUCAGAGUACCCCACACUUCCAGUAACAGAGGCGCCCACAAGUUUACUAAGAAAGUCACGUAGACUUAGCCCACCAUGGCACUGCUCCACUGUGGUAGAGGGGACUGGCUCAGAUAGUGGUGAUUCGUAUCAUGGGAAUAACAACAGUAUGAAGUUAAGAAGCGUUGGACCAAGGCCAAGGCUGGUAUCCAAAUCGGAGCUAAGCAAAAGGUCCCAAAGCAGAUCCCAAAGUCCAGAUUCAGCAGGGGAACUGAGUUCAGUGUCCCGCCAUUCAAGGGAGAGUAACAGCCCCACAGCCUCAUCACCAAAUCGAAGAGUUUCUGCAGCGAGUAGUGCAAGCAGCAGACGAGCACCCACUGAUCUGCAGAUAUAA